UUCUUAUACCAACAAGAUUCUUUGUGCCAAAUUUCAUGCUUUCUUCCACUCUGUAACGAUCUACCCUUAAAAUCACCCUAAGCCACCGCACUACUCCUCCCAAUCCCAAUCUACGUCUGCUCGAGUAUCGUCUUCCCCGCCGCCCCCAUCCCUCCUUUGCCUUCCCCUCCUAGCGGCAGACGCACCGUGGGGGGCGAGGUUAAAAAUGGCGGCGCGUUUUCCCGAAGAUGGUGAAAGCGAAAGUUCAGGGAAACUUGGCCUCAAAUCACAGUCAAGGGUAGGCGAAAAUGAGAAAGACUCCAAUGGAUCACUGUCACAGUGUUCAGCAAUAUUGAAUGUUACACUGGCGUCUGAUGCUGAUGGCUGGAACAAGGCAGUGAACGGGCAGUUACUGACUAAACUUGCUGAGGACAGCAGAGUCAAACUGGUUGGAUUUGUUCCUAAGUACACCACACAGCAGAAAGAACAUGCAAGGAAUUUGAACAUUGAACUUGUUGAUGCAAAAGAAAUCUCUGGUUACUCACCAGUUGAACUUCUGGCUUAUCCACCUGAUGCUCUUGAUAUUGAUAUUCUCAUAAUACAUGCUUACGGACGUGACCUCGGUCGACAAGCACAAAUCAUUCGAGAGACCAAGAAAUGCAAGUGGGUUCAUGUUGUUCACACGAUUAGUGAAGAACUUGAGAAAUUUCUAGAGAGAUCAGCCUCAAGUAUGGUUGUCCAAGAAUCUGAACAUGAACUUCAGACGACAUUGUGUGAAAGAGCUGAUCUUGUCAUUGCAGUUGGUCCUAAAGUAGCAGAAGCUUACAAAUCUGCCCUGCGUUUCUGUGGCAAAGAUAAGAAUGUGAUUGACUUGACACCAGCAAUCACUGAAGAAUUUCUUGGUGUGCGUCAGAUGGAAGGAGGUGCAGGUGAAAAGUUCCGUGUGUUGAUCAGUGGAUCAACUAAGUAUUUCAAAGUCAAAGGAUGUGAUAUUGCUGCAAAAGCUAUCAAACUGGUGCAGGAUACAUCUUACCUUCUUCUGUUUGUUGGACAGCCAAAGGAUAAUGCAGCUCAGCUAAAGCAAGACUUACUCAAAGAGGGAAUCAAUUUGAAUCAACUGACCAUGAGAACCAGCUCUGGCGACACUGAAUAUUGGCGCAGGUUGCUUUGUGAAGUAGAUCUUUUGAUCAAGCCUUCAAGGACAGAAGGUUUUGGAAUAAGUGGUCUCCGUGCCAUUUCUGCCGACCUACCUGUUCUUGUCAGUGGAAAUUGUGGACUUGGUAUGGUCUUGAAGAAGUUACCCUCUGGUAAAGAACACGUUGUGGAGUCUGACGACCCUCAAGUCUGGGCUGACAAGAUAAAGGAGGUCAGAGCCAAGGACCCUAAAGCACGCAAGUUGCAAUCUGAAAAACUCAGAUAUGAGUACAGGAAUCAUUUCAGCUGGGAAACCCAGUGUGACCAAUUGGUGGAGACAAUGUUUAGAAUGGUUCCAGCCAAAUCUGAGUACAGAAAGGAAGCUGUGGAGUUGGAAUCUGACAUUGAUGAAGCUGAAAACAGAGUUCAGUCUAUGAACCUAAAUCCUGAUAAUGUGGAUGGAAGAUCUACUGGAAGACAUCUUGAAGACCUCAAGACAGGUAUUGAAGAAACUAGCUUGUAUCCCAUUGGAGGUGAUGUGGUGGACCGGGGUGCAACACAAAACAGCAGGCAAGUGAACAGAAGGCUUUCAACUAUGCUAGCAAAGUUACCGCUGAAAUUGCAUGCCCAAUUGUGCAUGAUGUUGAAUGUCAAGCGAGAUUUGAAAUUUGAUGACUUCAGAAUGCUGGCAGAGAAAGUUGGAUUCGACAGAGAUUUUAUACGUGCCAUUGAACAGGUGACAAAUCCCACUGAUGUCAUCUUGCAAAACUGGUCUUCAUCGAGUGAAGCAACAGUAGGAAACCUGAUUGAAUUGUUAAAGGGUGAGGAUCUGGGGAGAAUGGAUGUGGUAGCAAUUCUUGAAGACUGGGUCAAUGGGAGUUCAGACUGAACAUAAAGGGUCAGACUGAAAUACCCUAGAUGUAAUAGCUACAUGAUCAGUGCAUACAGUACCGAUCGGAAGAAACCUAACAGGGUAUGCUUGACCGAACGCUUUCUGUUUCCGUUCCACACGCGUUCCCGUUCCCGUUCUGUAUCCGUUCUGUUCCCAUUCUCAUACCUGUUCUGUAUCCAUUCCGUUCCCGUUCACAAACGCGUUUCCUGUUAGGUUUCUUCUGAUCGGUACUGUACUUGUAAGUUUCACUGCUUGGUACUUGUACACUGGUAUUAUGAUUGCAAAAGGUUGUCAAAGAAAAAGUGAAAAUUCUAACAUGAUACAAUCCUGACCAUUGGUUUGCGAUGAAAUCAUGACCUAUGUAGUACUUAGUUCUAUUUUAGAGAGCAAGUAUGU